UUUGGGGGAUACAUAUUGAAAGAUGUUUUCCAUUAAACCGGUUUGUAAGGAAAUUCUUCCAACCUACUAUAAUCUCAAGUCCUAACAAUUGGGAAGUAAAAUUAUUUCCACAUAACUUACAGCAGGUAGAGUUCCAUAUAUUUCUAUUUCAACAACCAGAGCAAUUCAUAGCUCAAUAAUCAUGUCUACAACCGUAAACCUUCUCAAACUUCUUUUUAUGAUCCUCUUCUCAUGCUUACGGAGUACUCCUCAUGCUGCCGGAAAAUGGGGGAACUUAACAUGGGCAGGUAAUAGUCUCAAACCAGGUGACACCCUCAAUUCCUCGUCUUACCUAACUUCUCCAAAUAAAACUUUCUCUUUGUGGUUCUUCCCAUGGGGCAAUACCACCAACUCCUUGUCGUCUUUGGGAAUAUCAGAUUUUGCCACAAAUUUUAUAGUAUGGUCGGCUAGUCCAAGCAAUCCUAUUGCCAACAACUCCGGAGUACUUACCGUAGAUAACACAGGAACACUUAAAAUCACACGCUUAGGUAGUGAUCCAAUAGUGUUACACUCUUCUUCUCAACCUACCAAUAACACUAUCGCUAUUCUAUUGGAUUCUGGCAAUUUUGUCUUGAGAGAAUUGCACUCUAAUGGAACUAUAAAGCAAGUGUUGUGGCAAAGUUUUGAUUAUCCUACAAACACCCUUUUACCAGGUAUGAAAUUAGGUAUCAGCCAUAGAAAUAAUCUAACUUGGUCGCUUACAUCAUGGUUAAGUGACAACUACCCAGUUCCUGGUCCUUUCUCUCUCAGAUGUGACCCUAAUGGACGUCAAUUAGUCAUUCAAAAAGAAGGUGUGGUUUACUGGGAAAGUGGGGUGUUGAGAGGCACAACAUAUCAAAAUAAUUUACCAGACGAAACAAGGUCCAUGUAUGAUUUUGUUACUGUUUCAAAUGAGGAUGAGGAAUAUUUUUCUUUCAUAAAUAAAAACCAAAGCAAAUUGUCCAAAUGGGUGCUAACUCCUAUAGGGCAAAUGAAGGAUUUGGAAGGACCUGUUAUUGCACGAGUGGAUGCUUGUGAUGGCUAUAGCACUAAUGGGGGAUGCAAGAGAUGGGAGUGUAGGCGGGAGAUUGUGUCUAGUGACCCAUUUGAUGUUAGAUCUGGUUAUUUUGUUGAAGAUGGAGAUCAUUCAAUUAACUUGUCAAGUCCAAGGCUUGGCUUCAGUGAUUGUAGAGCUACUUGCUUGAGCAACUGUAGCUAUGUGGCUUUUGCUUCUCUCUAUGAAAAUGGUACUGGGUGCCGGUUUUGGACAGAUAUGUCGAUGUUCCUUCAGAGCAACUCGGUUGGUUCAACUUCUGUAUAUACGCUAUCAUUAAAGCCUUCUCGAAAAGGGAAAAAUAAGUGGAUAAGGAUUGGUCCUGUUAUCCCGGCCAUUGCUCUACUUGUGAUUUUAAUCUAUACACUGUGUUGUCUACAAAGAAGGAAAAAAGUUACUGUUAAAGAAAAUAGUAGAUCAAAGGAUGAACAAGAGUUGCCUGAUUUGGUGAUAUCAGAUAAAUCAAUUACCAUCGAUGAAAUUCCUAAUGAUGGAAAGAAGGGGCAUGAUGUAAGUGUAUUUAGCUAUGAAUGUAUCAUGGCCGCCACAAAUAACUUCUCAUUAGAAAGCAAGCUUGGAGAAGGGGGCUUUGGACCUGUUUACAGAGGAAAACUACUAUCAGGACGAAACAUAGCCGUAAAGCGACUAUCAAGAAAUUCAGGACAAGGAAUAAAUGAGUUCAAGAAUGAGUUGAUACUCAUAUCUAAACUCCAACACACGAAUCUUGUAAAGUUACUUGGUUGUUGCAUUUUUGGAGAAGAAAGGAUGCUGAUCUAUGAAUAUAUGCCCAACAAAAGCUUGAAUUACUUUCUAUUUGAUUCGAAUAGAAGAAAGCUACUAGAUUGGAAGAAACGUUUCAGUAUAAUUGAAGGAAUUGCUCAAGGAUUGAUCUAUCUCCAUAAAUAUUCAAGGUUGAAAGUUAUUCAUAGAGAUUUAAAAGCUAGCAACAUACUCCUUGAUGAAAGUAUGAAUCCGAAGAUUUCUGAUUUUGGCAUGGCAAGAAUUUUCAAACAAAAUGAACUGGAAGCAAAUACUAAUAGAAUUGUUGGAACAUAUGGAUAUAUGUCUCCUGAGUAUGCUAUGGAAGGUGUGUUCUCAAUCAAGUCUGAUGUCUAUAGCUUUGGAGUCCUAAUGCUUGAAAUCUUGAGUGGUAGAAGAACUAAUAGCUUCUAUCAUGCUGACCAUGUGCUCAAUCUAGUUGGAUAUGCAUGGGAUUUAUGGCAAGAAGGUGAAGGGCUAGAAUUAGUUGAUCUAACAAUAAGGGAUUCAUGUGUUGAGUAUCAAGUAUUGAGAUGCAUUCACGUCAGUCUUUUAUGUGUGGAAGAUAGUGCAGUUGAUCGUCCUACCAUGUCAGAUACGCUAUCCAUGUUGACAAAUGAAAGUACACAAUUGCCUUUACCUAAAAAACCAGCUUUUUCUAUUGGAAAGAAAGCAAUUGAGGCGAAUACUCCUAAUAAUGAAUUAGAAAUUCAUACAGUGAAUGGCUUGUCCAUUUCUGAUAUAGAUGCCCGAUGAGGGAAUGAUUUUCUUUUGUGAUCUUGCAUGACACAUCAUAGUUUUCCUCAUCAAUGAAAUUGUUUGGAAGCCAGAACUUGCCAAAUUAUUGUACUCAAGUUUUGACUUUUGAAACACCGUAUUUUGGCUGCUACCAAUGCAACUUUUUUGACUUUUGCA